AUCGGAGAUAAGACAAUGUGCAUUUACAUUAACUUUAAGAUAACGUGUAUGAAGAUAAGCUAGAAGAAUUCAUAUAAUGUCGGAUUAACAACGAUAAAAUAAGAUAACAAUGGACCACAGGGCGCAACUUGAGAACAAGAAAUACAGGAACUGGGUGAGAGCCGGACUUGGUAUUAAAUAUGUAAAAGACGGCUUGGAACCAUUCUGCGACCAUCUUGUUAACCAGCAGCAUGCAGAUAUCUUAGAUAAAGUUAAACAGAAACAUAAUCUAUCGGCAGUAGCAUGUGGAUUUUGCGAUGUACGCACACUCCAGCCGGACCAUGUUCAAACCAAAAAUAGACAGUGUCCUCUCGGUCAAACACAUUGUAACUGUCUUCACCCACGCGGGAAAACGUCUUGUCCCAACAACGUAUGUGGUGCUAUAUACGACGAAAUUAUUAGGCGUCACGCAUCCACACCUCCUGCUCCAUACUGGAAAAACACAGACGCUCAACAGUGGUGUACUGAACCUUGGGCUGUUGCAAAAUGUUUCAUAAAUGCUCCAGGAUAUGAACACAAGACAAGAGCAACUGAGUUUGAUUGUUCCGGCUUGUUGCAUCUGUUGAUUGAUAACCUAGAGUUUCAUCACCAUAUCCAGAAUGGUAUAUCUGGUAACGAUGCUUUCUCAAGGGUACUUCAACACAGAAACGCCAUAUUUCAUUGUAACAAUAUGGAAGUAGAGGACACAGACAUUGCAAAAUAUAUAGAUGAUAUGAUAGAACUGCUGCAAGAUGAUAAAGAAGUCAAAGAUAGACAAGAAUCUAAAAAUGCGGUCAAGAAACUGCUUGAGGAAAAGUUUGUAAUAACAACUACAGAUGAAUUGGAAGGUCCGCGUAUUGCAAUGGAUGCAAUCGAUGAGAAGGAAAAAAUCUUGAACGAGAAUGUUGACGUGGCGAAUAAAUUUUUGGGAGUUAAAACUGAUGAAAGUAAAACACAGAUAAAGGAGAUAGGUUCAACUAUUAAAGAUGAACUAGCGCAGAAAAGGGAAGAUAUGAAAGAUGUUUUGAGAAAGACAGAAAUCGACUUAAAAGGAAAACUAGAGAAGAAGAAAAGGGAAAAUCAAGGAAGCGAUUAA